UUUAGAUAUUAAAAAUUAAAAAAAAAGGAAAGACUGAAAAGAAUUAUAGGACUGGAGAGUAUUAAUUGAUUAUUAUUAUUUUUUUCCCCGAGGCCGAAGCAAGUGCUUGACUGGUAAUUUCCUUCCGCCGUCGCUCGGUUGCUCGUCAUGUUCUCGCGCCUCUUUAUGUAACCCGAAACGCUCAGUCUUCACUGAAUUGAAACUCCCACACAUUAUACAGUCGUGGUUGAUCAUAAAAUCGGCUACUUGCAUUUUGGUUCCGGUUGGAAGAAGAACAUGGUUUGGAAUUAUCCAGACAUAUCCUUGGAGGAAAUGAUGAAACUAAUAAAAGGGUUUGUAGAUAUCAUGAUUCUGGCAUCUGGGUAUCAGUCCUCUGGUCUUUUAGCCCAGUGGGAUGCCCACAACAUCAAGAAAGCCUUCCAAUGGGCUUCCUUCUUUGAGAAUGUGCUUGGGCAAAUAAGUAGCUCAGAUGCUUACCAGGACUCAGUUAAGGAACUUGAUGCAGCUCUGCGAGAAAUGACAUUAUAUCCUUCCUUUCCUCAGGGACUUGCAAAUCUAUCCUAUGGUACUCUGAAUAGGGCAAGAAAUUUUGUGAUGGCACAUUUGUUCCAUACUUUGCCAUUGAGGGAUUCACAUCUCAGGGCUUUUCUAACUGCAAUUAUUGAGAUGGAUCUUGACAAGCAUUCCGGAGCAGAGCAUGAUUACCUUAGUGUAUAUCUGAACAGGUUUAACUUGCUUUCAGAGAGGAGGGGUCUUGUGAAGGAUUCGGUUAUUGCGGUUGAAGACAAUAUUGCAACUAGGAAGAUUGGAAGAUUCACCGAUGAUGACUUGACUCAGUUAACUCUCGAGGAGAUGUUCAAGAGGCAGUCAGCAGUGUCAUGCAUAUCUAAAGUUGGGACAGGCUUAGAUAUCCUCUCUAAUGCAAUCAGAUGUUGUAGUUGGACUGAUUCUGAUAGUAGCUUAUCUGAAGAACAACUGAAGCAUGAAAGAGCUCAAGCAUCAGUGCGGAGUGCAGAUCAAUUGGUUGAUUUUAUUACAUGGAAUCGUUGGAAAUCAUUGAACCUCUCAUAUUUUCUUAAUAAUCGAACUGUCAGAUUGGUGUCAGGUGCCAGCAUGAUAUUUUCUGCUCCUAAAGUUUACUGGGAGCAAAUUUUUGAACGGUUGAGUACUUCAGCAAAAUGCAAGGAUGACGAUGAUUUGCAGGAAAUGAUAGAACUCAUGUUGCUUGGAUGCAUUACAAGCAAAUGGAACCACCUAAUUGAAUAUUUCAUAUCAGUUUCUUAUGAUCCCUUCACUAUCUCAAAGCUGUACCAUGAAGUCUGCAGCUUAUUUACAGGAAGAUAUCAAAGUUCUCAUUCUAAAGAGGAAUCAACAGAUACAAAGUGCAUAACAGGAAAAUGCCAUUCUUGAGUACUUGGAUGGGUUGGUGGAUGGGCAGCUUCAUCAAUUGUGGAAACUUUCCCCUGUCCUUGUAGCUGUUGCAGUCCCAUUCUGGUGGUCUUACGGUUCUAUUCAUUGUUUCGGCAUGCUGUGAAUUUGAAUUUUGAAAUCAGUUUAGUUACAUAGAAAGAUUUUGUUACAGUUAACCUUACAGACUUGUUAACUUAUGGCUGUACAAUUUUCACUAUAUAUCAUCGCUCAAUUUAGCCAAAUCCUCUCCUCAAAAUCACUUGCUGAAAAAAGGGAAUGAAAUGUAAAACCUCAAGGGAGAUUUCACUCCCUAUGGGUUUCCAUGCUCCUUCCAAGACAUGCUCUAAUAUCAAUAGAUAUAAAAGUGCCUCUAGGUGGUACUGUGGCAGAUUUCUGAUUAAAGAUGCUGCUGUUUUGGUGUUGUAGGUCGCCUUUGUUUAGAUUGUAUCUAAGUGAAAUAGAGAGUCAAUUCAGAGGAGAUUCUUCAGUAAUGAGGUUUAAGCUUUGUAACCUUUUGCCAUCCUCUUCAGAAUUAGAAAUUCUGACACGCUAUGUUUCCUAAUUUUCCUUAGUAAUUGACAUAUGGUUAAUUAGCAGAUGCUGCAGCUGUGUCCAUGAUAGGAAGGAGCAUGGAGAUUGUAAGUAUAUUCAACCCUCCCCAUUACAUGCUAAAAGUUUUCACAAAAUCAAAAUCUAGGUUGUAAACUGUACAAGCAUCUUUAUUUCAGGAAGUCUGCGUCAACCAUGUGCAGUGAACUAGUGGAAAUUCUUCCAUUGUUCUCAUUAUGAGUUACUGAGGUCAUGGUUCAUGUAUACCUAAACAUCAUGUUUCAAGUCCUAGAGGGGAAAAGGGUUAAAAAUGGAUUUUCUAUGUAAGAGAUGCUUCUAGUUGAUAGGAUUCCUUGAUAGAGACAAAUGAUGCAAGCAUGAUUUGCAGCCUUGCACUAGUAACCAUGAGCAUUAUGUUUUCUGUUCUCUUUAUUUUAUGUUGUUGUUUUCUGUUGUAUACUUCAGGGCUGGAUGGUUUAGCCGUGUUUCUGUGGCAACUUUAAUUUCUUAUGGCUUUUUCCUUUACUUUUGUUGAAUUCCACGUUUGGGAUAGGAGUAACGAACUCUUAUAAGAGUCUUAGACACUUCUCCCUUUUGAGCUAGCUCAAAAGCUGAGUUAGGUCUGGUCUAAAUAAGGGUCUCCCGUAAAUAUUUCAUCCUAAGCGUGAGCGUGAGGGAGUGUGUGUUGAAUUUCAUGUUUGGGAUAUGGUAAUGUGUCCCUUAGUCUUAGACACUCCCUUUGAGCAGGCUUUUGAGGUGAGUUAGGUCUGGUUCAAAUUUAAUGGUUUUUAUUGCAUGCAUAAGCAUUAGAGACUAUUGAGGAACUAUUUUGCUAAAAGUCUUAUAGCCACUGCAUCUGAUUUAUGCCCAGGUCAACUAGCUGAGAGAAUUUGGUGUCUUCACAUCUUUCAUAUUUGUGGCACUCGAGUAAUGUAUGGUGCCAAUAGUGCUUGAGAAUCUCUACUCAUGUAUUGCCAAGUGUCUUCUUAUUUAUUGUCUAUCUUGUACUCGGAAGAUAAAGGGCUAGAGGUAUUUUCUUUACUUUUUUUAGCUUUUCAUUGCCAAUAUUUAGAAGUUGUCUUUUUAGACCUCAGAAAUUUCCAUUCAGCUGUAUUUAUUAUUUUUUUGACACCAAUGGAUAUUAAAAAAGAAACAUUUUUUUAAAUAGAUAUUUUUAAUGCUUUUAUCCUUUGAUGUGGCUGUUGGAAACAGAAAGGUUUUAAUUGUGCAAGCCGAUUUGCAACUGAGAAAAAUCUUGAGUAGAUAUGACUGUGCUGCAACUGCAACUAAUGGUUACAUGAUUAAAAUCCCUACAUUUUUGCCAGCAUGAGAUUUAUGUCUUGUUAUCAAGUGAAUUCUUGGUACAUAUAAAAGUCGGUACCAGUUCAGCCUAUAAAAUUUAAGAUUAAUUAUUUCAUUGUGUUUCAUUUGUGUCCCUUCUUGAAAUCUUUUCAAGGUUUUCAUCCAACACAACUCCUGAUUCUGUAUGUUGAAUAAUAGUUGGAAAUGCUCUUUCAAUUCUUCCUCUGUGAAUUGGGGGUGUAUUUAUGGAGUUGAUUCUUAUCUGAGGGCCAAAAUAGGAUUUUGUAUAUGGCUCUACAAGGAAUCACUGUUCUCACUUGUGAGGUCUCUGACUUGGUUUACCAAAUUUUCUCUGUACUAAAUUUUGUGUAUGUGUGCAGUUCUUUCUUCCUUAUCACUUCUUCUGUUUUAAUGAUGCUUCAGAUUGUCUACCCAAAACCAUUUUUUCCAAAUCCUGUGGUCCCUUCUGCAUAUGAAGAGUCAACCAACCAUGAAUUGAAAAGCUAUGAAGUUCUCAACCACGAGUGGGAUUAUAUCAGGUCUCUCUCACUCUUUAGGUAUGGACGGUGUGAACCUUUAUGUUAGAACAAACCUCAUCUUAUUAUUAUUUUAUCGCAUGAUUCCUGGCAACGUCACCAACCAUGAGUAAAACAGAAGGAAAACCAGAAACAGAUAAAAACUAGCUGCUGGUUGGAAUACUGACCAGAGAACAAGUGCAUGGCAUUACUAUUGACAUUGCAUAAUUAGCUGCAUGUCUCCAUUCUUUCAUCAUUUGUGGGGACCCCAAAAAGACUAGUGGUAUAAGCAAAGUUGAAUAUUCCCAUGUGAUAAUGUUUUUUUGGCCCCCACUAAUGGGAGAAUGACACUCGAUGUCAUUGAAAAUGCUUCCUGCUAAUGGGCAUUGAUACUUGAAAGCUCAACUUACGUUUGUUCUCUUAUGCUUGUGGGGUCCUAUUGUAUUUUGCUAUACAAGCUUUCCUUGGAUUAACACAUAUCGACAGUCAGAGAAAGAAGCUAGCAAUGAAAAAUUUGAGCUUACAAAGUGUAAAGAAAAACCAAUUCCAAAAGUGGAGGAAGAGAAUUGCAAGCACCGAGUCAGCUAUUACCCUUGGAAAUGUAAAAAAUCAAGCAUCAUUUGGUUGCUGCUGUGGAUCAUAUGUCUUGAGGCAGCUUGUGUGGAAGUUCAGGAUAAAGUGGAAGCAAGCUUUGGGAUGGCGAAGGAGCAGCGGUGUACGAUAUACCUAUGAUAUUCACAGCUAUUCUCUUAACUUCGACGACGGUCUCCACCAUGGUCAUCUUCCAUCAAGGGGUUCUCAAUGAAAGUUUUCUCCUUCCCAGCAACAAGUCACCUGGUUGUUAUCGGUUGGUUUCGUAGGACAGGGUGGCAUAUAUACAAGGUUGUCUCAAGAUACUGGGGGUAUUUAUUUUUAUCAAUCUGUUACUGGUUACUUCGCUUUGUUGUGAGAGUUAUAGGAAUCUGUCGAUAUAAUGUUGUAUAGCAUCUGAGCCAUGUUCUUUUAUUCUCAAGCACUUUGAAGAGAAUUUUGUACUUGUUUUGAAAUGUUCUUCGUUACUUGAUGCCUUUCUGUGUUUAAAGAUUUCUUUUGUUUAUAGAAAUGGAUUCCUGACUCAUUUCUGGAUUUUGUUA